UCAUUACCAAAACGUCACCAAAAAAAAACAUUAUAAUUAUUUUCUUCCCCUUCUUAUAUGAUCAAAUUGUUGAAGAAAAUUAUGUUUUUUUUUUUCAAGAGAAAAUUAAAGGUUUCUUGAAGAUGAAUAUUCAAGGGACAACUAGUAGUAAUCCAUGUUUCCCUAAUAGUACUACUAAUAAUCCACAAAACUUACCAUUAUAUGAAUCUAUUCAUCAUCAUAAUAUUCAAGAAGAUAUAUUUUCUUCAUCAUUAGUCCAUAAUUCUCAUCAACAAAAUUCAUUUUUAUUCAACUUAUCUCUUCUCAAAGACAAAGUUCAUCAAGUUCAAUCACUUGCCACCAUGUUUGUUUCUCAUGAUGAUCAAACGUUAACUCACCAUCCUCAUGAGUCAACGUCUGUAGCUAUCGCGAAUAUGGGAACUUUGAUCCAAGAAAUCAUCACGAUUGCUUCUUCUCUCAUGUUUUCUUGUCAAAAGAUUGCACUCGACCCCAGUUCAGCUAGCCAGAAUUCAAGUAUAUUUCGCGAACCAUCUCAAAUGAUCAAGAUUCAAGACGAUGGUCAUGGUCGUGGUGAUGGUCAGAUGGAUCACUUGCUUCAAGAUUAUAAUUGGUAUGAAGAGAAUUACAAUUAUUGUAACACUCAUGAAGAUAACAAGAAUCAUGUUACUAGUAGUAUUAUAGCUAGCAAUGCUAUUAGUAGUCAUGAUUAUGAUAGUAAAGAAUUUGGAAAAAGGGAAGUAUUAUUGAGUACUUCAAAAGGGAAAGUUCAUGUGAAUAAUGAAGACAAUUAUGAUAUUAUUGAGUUAGAUGCAUCUGAUUUAUUGGCAAAGUAUACACACUAUUGUCAAAUAUGUGGUAAAGGGUUUAAAAGAGAUGCAAAUUUGAGAAUGCAUAUGAGGGCUCAUGGAGAUGAAUACAAGUCUAGUGCUGCAUUGAGUAAUCCUUUGAAGAAAAACAACCAUGAUUAUGUAUCACAAUUGAUCGGUAACAAGAUUAAGUAUUCGUGUCCACAAGAAGGUUGCAAGUGGAACAAGAAACACGCAAAGUUUCAGCCAUUGAAAUCGAUGGUGUGUGUGAAGAAUCACUAUAAAAGAAGCCAUUGUCCUAAGAUGUAUGUGUGCAAGAGAUGCAACAAGAAGCAAUUUUCUGUGUUGUCUGAUCUUAGAACUCAUGAGAAACAUUGUGGUGAUUUGAAAUGGCAAUGUUCAUGUGGUACUACUUUUUCAAGAAAGGAUAAACUUAUGGGACAUGUUUCUUUAUUUGUUGGACACACCCCACUUAUAAAAGAAAGCGUAAGUUAGCGCUAGUACAACAACAACAUAUCCAAUGCACGUAAUCCCACAAGUCGGAUCUGGAGAAAGCGUAAGCUAGCGCUAGUACGACAACGACAACAUAUCUAGUGUAGUCUCACAAGUCGAAUCUGGGGAGGGUAGAAUGUAUGCACACCCUACUGUUACCUCGUGAAAGUAGAAAGGUUGUUUACGAAAGUCCUUCGAGUACUCAUGUGAUCUGGCUAGUAUAUUUUACAACUUAGUUGAGUUUGUAAUGUAAUGCACCUAUAUAUCUUUGUUGUAAAAAUGUUAUUGUGCUUGUAAUUAGAUGAAUCAA